AUGAGAAGAUUACGAAAUGAAGGAAGUUUAACUGAAACAUUAGAAACAAAACUUGAAGAGAUAAUUGCUUAUAUCAAUAAUUAUUUAAAAGCAAAAAAAAGACGCCAACUAAAGAAAAGAAAACUUAUUGAAGAAAAAGAUAAUAGUGAAAACAAUUCUGAAAGUCCUAAAGAAAUUGUAAAUGGAGUUAUAGAAAAUUGUGAUGUGAUAAAUUGUGAUAGUGAUAAU